AUGGACACUCCUGCCGAUACAACCGUUACUCAACGAUGCUUCUUUGAUGUCACCAUCGGAGGAGAGCCGGCAGGAAGAAUCGUUAUGGGAUUGUACGGACAGCAAGUUCCGAAGACUGUGAAUAAUUUUAAGUGCUUGUGUACUGGAGAGAGUGGUGUAGGCAAGAGCGGGAAGCAACUGCACUACAAGGGCUCUACCUUCCAUCGCGUCAUCCCCAAGUUCAUGUGUCAGGGAGGAGACUUCACCAAUCACGAUGGGACAGGAGGAGAGUCGAUCUACGGCGAGAAGUUCAACGACGAAAACUUCAAGAUCAAGCACAGCAAGCAUGGCUUGCUCUCCAUGGCCAAUGCAGGGAAGAACACCAACGGGUCGCAGUUCUUCAUCACCACUGCUCCAGCCAGUCAUCUUGAUGAAAAACAUGUUGUGUUCGGGGAGGUACUUGAGGGAUAUGACGUCGUCAAGAAGAUCGAAGCGGUUGGAGACUCUUCGGGCAAACCCAGCAAGGAAAUUGUGAUCCAAGAUUGUGGUAUCAUUGACUGA